AGACCUUGCGCGCCACUCUACCGCAUCAUACUUAAUUCCCGCUCCAAACAGGCCAGCCGGAAGCGGAACCGGAAGACGCUGACUUCACGGCGAUGGACACCACCGCCCAGGGCAGCGGCGGCGGCGGCGGCGGGCGCGUGUUGCUGCUGCCGUUCCCGGGGAUGCAGGGCCACGCCAACCCGAUGCUGCAGCUCGGCCGCCGCCUAGCCUACCACGGCCUCCUCCCCACCCUCGUCCUCACCCGCCACGUCCUCUCCACAACCCCCCUCAAAGACUGCCCCUUCCCCGUGGCCGCCAUCUCCGACGGCUUCGACGCCGGCGGGAUCGCCUCCUGCCCCGACACCGCGGAGUACCUGCGCCGGAUGGAAGCCGCUGGGUCGGACACACUGGCGCGGCUCCUGCUCGCCGCCGACGUGCGGGUGCUCGUGUACGACUCGCACCUGCCGUGGGCGCGGCGGGUCGCGCGGGAUGCCGGCGUGGCCGCGGCCGCGUUCAUGACGCAGAUGUCCGCGGUGGACGUGGUCUACGGCGAGGCGCGCGCGGGGCGGGUGGCGCUGCCGCUGGCGGACGGGAGCGCGCUGCGUCGCCGGGGUGUGCUCAGCGUGGACCUUGGGCCCCAAGACGUGCCGCCGUUCGUGGCCAAGCCGGAGUGGUACCCGGCGUUCACGGACUCAGCUCUCGGGCAGUUCGACGAGCUGGACCAGGCCGACGACGUGCUCGUCAACUCCUUCCGCGACCUGGAACCCACGGAGGCAGAUUACAUGGAAUCGAGAUGGCGCGCAAAGACCGUCGGCCCGACAUUGCCAUCGUUCUACCUAGACGAUGAUCGUCUGCCAUUGAACAAGUCCUACGGUUUCAACCUCGUCUCCAGCACUGCUCCAUGCAUGGCAUGGCUAGACAACCAGGCUCCUUGUUCCGUGGUCCUUGCAUCCUAUGGCACGGUCGCUAACCUCAACACGGCACAAAUAGAAGAGCUAGGCUAUGGAUUGUGCAAUUCUGCACAACCUUUCCUUUGGGUGUUGAGGUCUGAAGAAGCAGAAAAGUUGCCCGAAGAACUUCGUGGCCAAUGCAACAUGAAAGGCCUAAUUGUUUCUUUUUGCCCUCAGCUGGAGGUAUUGGCCCAUAGAGCCACAGGCUGUUUCUUGACGCAUUGUGGAUGGAACUCAACAACCGAAGCAAUUGUCACCGGUGUACCCAUGGUGGCAAUACCACAGUGGGCAGACCAACCGACAACCGCAAAGUAUGUGGAGAGCGCUUGGGGGAUUGGCUUGCGUGCACGUCAGGAUGGAAAAGGCUUGGUGAGGAGGGAAGAGGUGGAGAGGUGUAUCAAGGAGGUAUUGGGUGGGGAAGAGUAUGAGAGGAAUGCUUCCAAGUGGAUGCAAAAAGCCAAAAGGGCAAUGCAGAAAGGAGGGAGCUCGGACAAGAAUAUUACUGAUUUUGUGGCCAAGUACUUACCAAAUUCAAGAUCAUACGAAGAUGACACGGACAUGAAAUGAGUCAGGAUCCUCCAGAAUGCAGCAGUCCGGAAGGAGGGACAACCAAGAGUGUCCGCAAGGUGGACUUCUCGUAGGAAACGAAGCAGAUGCAGAAAAGAAGCGGCCCACAAGUUAGUUAGAAGUCCAGAAUGCAAAGCCCAUCUUAGAGUCAAGACCCUGUGGGCGGGACCUGUUAGUAGGAUGCACGGCGGCGCUCUCCUUUCUUCUACCCCAAUAUCUAUCUUGUGGCUGACCACAAAUAAGUCUUACAACGUGCUCACUUAUCCACUCGUAUCAUCCGCGCUGGCCAUCGCCUCUCCAUCUAUUCCCCAUCCUCGAUUAGCACGACUUCGCGUCCUCCAUCUUCUGACCGCUUGCUGCUCCCCUCCGCGCUUCUCCCUUGCUCUCGCGCCCGCCGCCUUCUCGGCCUCGCUGCUCCCGCCGCUGUGCCGCACCAGGCGCCGCCGCGCGUCGAGGUACAGGGUGAGGGCGAGCCUCCACGGGCUGGACUCCGCCGGGGGUCUCCACGCGAUGCCCACGCACCGCCGCCGUCUCGCCCUCGCUGCUCCAGCCGCUGCGCGCUUCGGGUGCAGGGUGAGGGCGAACCUCUCCACGGGAUCCGUCGGGGCGCUCCUCCCGGGCGGCCGCCGCAGCCGUCUCAACCUCUGCCCCCGGCGCUGUAUCGCAUCGGGUGCCACCGGGCGUCGGGUUCCAGGGUGGGGGCGAGCCUCCACGGGCUGCACUCCGUCGAGGGCCUCCAGGCAGCGCUCGAGCGCGCGGAGGCGGCGCUCUGCACGCUCGCCGACGCAGAACAGUCGCGAAUCCUGAUAUUCAAAGGGCCAGAGGUAUGUCAGGCGGUGGUGGGCUAUCUAGUGAUUGUGAUGAGGAAGUGGCGACUAAUAUGGGGAUCAGCUACACAACGAAUAUUUGGAGGCGGCUGGAGGGGGAGUGUGCAGUUGUUUUGCGCCGCUAUAUGGCUCAUUGCUGCAAGACAUACUGGUGCGUUGCUUUCUUUACUGUUGAUGUAGAGAAGACUUGAUGGCCAGUUCGCGCUAGUAGUCUGGAGGUCACUGGUGCCCCGUUCUUCCUAUUAUUCACUUGGAGGAGGUCACUGUCAAUCUGUCAUAACCGGCUAGGGAAACGAGGACUCACUGCCCAACAUGAUGGAGGAAGGAGGAAGCAAAGAAAGAAGUCGAUGUUCUUCCUGGGAUCAGCUUUGUACUUCCAGGGAUGAUUUUCCUUCCGCAGCAGUUCCUUCCUUUUAAUUUUUAUAAUGGAUUUCGCUGGUUCUGUACAUUAGGAUACGGUGGUCUUGGACAUCAAUGUAGGCUUUGGUUCCC